CCAUGACGGUUGUCUGCCGACGCGUGCAACGAAGGUUCAAACCGCUAAGCCAUCAGCCUAUUUAUUGGUGCCGGGAAAGCUUCUGUCCAGGGCAUGGACGAUAGCUUCAAACCGGUGUUAAUCCAAGCAACCAACCAAUCGGUCAGAGAGAGCUAAGCAAGCAAUCUAAAACCCAUGGCUGCGGCUCCUGAAGAGGAAGAAGUGCAUGGUCACACUGGUCGACUUCUUGACUUUCGCAGCGCUUUCCACGGAAGCGUGUUUGAGAAAUAUCAUGUGCUUCCUCUUCAACUGGCUACCCUGGAUGCAGGUGCUGUGGUCUGGACGCCUCCCUAUAUUAAGAUAAGCCAAUUCUUGAUGCACCCAGGUAAUGUCGACCUCCUGAAGAGGGAUCGUGAAGCUUUCGUUAACGAGUUUGUCAAGUUUUGCGAUGCUGAAGAUGAUACUACACGUGAGCUGCCGCUCAUCGGGAAGCUGGAGCCGAUUAUUGCCGACUGCCAUGAUGCUGCGGACGUGGCUAGUAAGUUCAUGACUGAAUUCGGCCUGUUCAGGAAGGGAGAGGAAUCAGAAGACGCCGUUCGGGAUCGUUUCAGAAAGCUGGGUACUUGUCAAGAUUCCUACACAGAUCUGGAGGUCGGUCAAUACCUUGGUCUCUGCAUCAAGGAGUUUGCGCUCUCGCGUUCUAUGCGGGUGUUGGCCCGAGCGUUCCGGCGGGCAGGAGUAGAUGUCACCCAUGAGUGUGAUGAGACCCUAGCCAGGAAACUGUAUGACGUUGGCAAAACAGGUGCUCCUGACUUCGAUUAUUUGCCGAUCGGGGACUUCAAUAUAUUUGAUACAAUUGUGCACCUCAUUGACUUUGAUCUGGUCGGAAGAGACGGUGAGCACUUCUCGCUGCGAAUUAUCCUCACCACCUACCCCUCCAAUCGUGAUGACUGGUCCGCGGAGGUCAGGGACCGUCAGAAGGGCACCCUGAUUGCGAUAUGUGAAGGUGAGAUGUCUGAUAACGUACUUGAUGAAUGUUAUAAUGCGGACGGAGGACCUCGGACAUUGGUGAACAUUCUGGAUGGCAAUGUCGUCCAAGAACGGUACAAGCCACACGGUGAUGUCCCUACGCGCCUAACAACAGUCACAACGUCAGCGGAUUCUUCUUCUUCUCGCUUUUGUAAGCUAAGAGAUGGUUGGGUGCUCGAUGAGGACGAGGCUGUGCGUUUGUACUGCAAAGACUGUUGUUUGCGGGGCAUCAUCUCCACCUAUGACAUAAGAAACGAACUGAUGAAAUCCUUGCAUCGUCUCCCCCAAGCGUCUUUCGUAAACGAGAAUGGAGAUUCUAGUAUUUCCGAUUGCAGUAAAUCUGAGUUCGAGCUGUUCCUGUCUGCUCUCGCUAAGAGCAUCGUCCCCACCUCAAACAUAGGACCCGAAGAAAUGAAAUCCUUGUAUCAUCUCCGCGAAGCUUCUUUCGUAAAAGAGAAUGGAGAUUCUAUUUCCUACUGCGGUGAAUCUGAGUUCGAGCGGUUACUGCCUGUCGCUGCUUCCCUCGCUUAUCUGUAUGACGGUUGGGUGUCUCGGCGCGUGUACUCUAGCUUUGACUCAGUCGUUCAGCAUUUCAGGCUGCACACAUCAUCGCUGCAAGAGUCGCAGCAAAGAGAUUUCCAAGAAAUUCAAAAGAAUUGCAAACGCUUCCACCGGAUCUUCAAGGGAACGUGGUGGGACAGAUUGCCUGAAGAUUUGAUCGUGCGGAUAAUAGAGAUGGCGGUGCAUCCACGGCGGAACAUAGUUCUACCCUGGAAGAGCUAUUAGGUCACCGCAGAUCGGGGGGCGCAUGUACUGUAGUUUUGACUCAGUCCUUCAGCAUUUCAGGCUGCGCACAUCAUCGCUGCAAGAGUCGCAGCAAAGGGAUUUCCAACAAAUUCAAAAGAAUUGC